AUGGGUCGAGAAUCACCAAUUCCUCCAAUGCUGCGGUUUAGAGAAUCUGGAACAAUCUCUGUGCGUAAGGGUCAAGGCCGGAAAAGCAUACUGGAUGCCUAUCUGAAUGUGAGGUUGGUGAAUGGUGACAGUCGUUGUGCUGGUAGAGUUGAGGUUCUUCAUGAUGGUCAAUGGGGAACAGUGUGUGGUGAUUAUGGUUGGGAUCUGACAGAUGUUGCAGUGGUGUGUAGAGAGCUGGACUGUGGAGAGGCUGUAGAGGCUCUGCGUGAAGCUCACUUUGGAGAAGGAUCAGGACCAAUCUGGUUGGAUGGUGUGAACUGUAAUGGAUUAGAGACCACACUGGAGAACUGUGGAUCAAGUGGAUGGGGUGUUCAUAACUGUGGUCAUGAUGAAGAUGCUGGAGUCAUCUGCUCAGGUCACAAAGCUUCAAGACUUGUGAAUGGACCUCAUCUGUGCUCUGGAAGAGUUGAGCUGCUUCAUGGUAACACCUGGAUGUCAGUGUGUGAUGCUGUGUUUGAUGAUCAGGAUGCAGAGGUUGUGUGUAGAGAGCUGAACUGUGGGGUUCCUGUACAGCUGCUGGGUGCAGAUAUUUUUGGUAAAGGAGAGGGGCAGGUGUGGACACAAGAGAUUCAAUGUACCGGUGAAGAGUCUCAUAUAUCUCUCUGUCCAUCAACGCCUUCUUUCAAAGACAACUGCACACAUGAGAAUGAUGUAGGACUGAUAUGUUCUGGUUACUUGGAGCUCAGACUGGUGAACGGCUCUGAUAUCUGCUCUGGUCGAGUUGAGCGUCAGUAUUUCAGUAAAUGGGGCUCAGUGUGUGAUGAGUGCAUGAAUAUGAGAGCUGCCAAUGUUCUCUGUAGAGAGCUGAAUUGUGGGAUUGCUGUGUCUGUUGUGGGAGUGGACUGGUUUGGAGAGGGAUCUGGUGAAAUCUGGGCUGAUGUGUUUGAUUGUCAGGGGAAUGAAACAAAACUCUCAGAAUGUUCAAUCUCUUCAUGGAGUCGAGCUGAAUCCUCUCAUAAACAAGAUGUUGGAGUCAUUUGUUCUAAUUCCUCUCUGUCUCUUCAUGAUGGUCGAGUGAGGUUGUCUGGAGACAGAGAGUGUGAGGGUGAGGUGGAAGUUUACAUUCAUCAGGUUUGGAGGAGAGUUCUGCUGGACUCCUGGAGUCUCACUGAAUCCUCUGUGGUCUGCAGACAGCUGGGCUGUGGCUCUGUGGUGAACUUCACUAACUCCUCUUCAUCCAGUGAUGAACACAGUUAUGAGUGUGUGAUGGGCUUCCAGUGCUCUGGGACUGAAGAUCAUCUGAGGAACUGCAGCUCUCCACAAACUCUCAACUGUAGCUCCAGACAACUGCUGUCAAUCACCUGCCUUGGUCAGCAGUCCAUCAGGUUGGUGGGUUCUGGUGGAGAUUGUGCAGGAAGGCUGGAGGUUUUUCACAAAGGCUCAUGGGGUACAGUGUGUGAUGACUUCUGGGAUAUUAAAGAUGCUCAUGUGGUGUGCAGACAGCUGCAGUGUGGAGUGGCUCUCAGUAAUCAGCCAGUACCAGCCUGGUUUGGUCCUGGUUCUGGACCCAUAUGGGUGGAUGAUGUGGACUGUGAGGGGAAUGAGACGUCACUGUGGAGCUGCUCUUCACGGGUCUGGGGAGAUCAUGACUGUAACCAUAAGGAGGAUGUAGGAGUCGUGUGCUCAGAGUUUAAAGAGCUCAGGUUAACUGAAGGCUGUGGAGGGAAUGUGGAGGUUUUCUACAAUGGAUCCUGGGGUAAUGUUUGCUGGAAUCAGAUGAACAGAGACACAGCGAGUCUGAUCUGUCAAGAGCUGAACUGUGGAAGAUCUGCCAGUGAAUUCAGUUCUUCAGAUGCACUGAGGUCUCAGAAUUGGUUGGAUUAUUUUAAAUGUCGAUUACAUGACUCCACUUUAUGGCAGUGUCCAUCUGCACCAUGGGGACAGAAUCACUGUAAUGAAGAUGAAGUGGCCAAAAUGAUCUGCUCUGGUGAGAUGAAAUUUAACGAUCUUGUGAGGUUUCUAAUUAUUAUGUCAUCUCCUCACCAGAGACAAUGUUCAAAUCAUCUUCCUCUCAGACUGAGUGAAGGGAAGGGUUUGUGUUCGGGGAGACUGGAGGUUUAUCAUAACUCUGUGUGGGGUUCAGUCUGUGAUGAUCUGUGGGACAUCAGAGAUGCUCAGGUGGUCUGCAGGCAGCUGGGUUGUGGAGCAGCAUUGAGUGUUGAUGGGAAUGAAGCGUUUGGUGCUGGUGAAGGUGUUGUGUGGAUGAACAGAGUCGAGUGUAGAGGGACUGAGAUUCACCUGUGGGACUGUCCUCAUGUCCUGAAACAUCACACUGACUGCUCACACAAAGAACAAGUUAGACUCAUCUGUGCAGAAUACAAGGUUGAAUAUUAUGAUGAUGUCACUAAUGAUCUGAAAGGUUUAUCGAGGACGUGA